AUGAGCAUUGACGCUGGCGGUCUCGCUCAGAUGACUUUUAACGGUUUCUCUUCCAACGGCCUUGGCGCUCCCGGCUCUGGCUUUGCUUCUAGAAACAGAGGAGGUCAUAACCACAAGCGCCUCAGCGUUGGCCUUCCUCAGCAUAUCAACCCUACUGAGAACCACUCCGACCCAAACCCUACACCUCGCACCUCGCGAUCCCACCUCCUCGCCGGUCUUCGUACCGCUCCCAAGACGCAGGCCGUACCUGCUUCCGCUCCUUACAACCAGCUGGACUACCAGUCCCAGCUGAGUGGCAUGGAUGUCAACACAUACAAUGCCUACAUGCAAAGUGUUCCCCAGUCAGCCACUGCUGCUGGCUUCAAUGGAAACCACUACGGUGGUCGUCAGCAACAACAGCAGCAGCAGCAGCAGCAGCAGCAGCAGCGUCACCAGCAACAGCAACAGCAAAUGUACUCUAUGCCCGAGCAGGUCUUGGCCCCACCUACCUUCUACGGCCAGGAGGCUGAGAUGGACCCCAACGUUAUGGAACAGCUGCAGCUUACCAGCCUGUUCCUCGCUCAGCGCCAACAGCAACUUCAGCAACAGCUUGCCGCUAUUACUGCUGCUGCCAACACUGCCCAGUUGCAAGGCUUGAACCUCAAUCAGUUCCAGCAGCCCAUGCCUCAGGUUCAUGCCUAUGGUCAGCAGCGCGCUCAGCAACAACAGUCGCCCAUCGAAGUGCCUGGUCAACCUGGCCUUUAUCUUGUGUAUAACCCCAUGACUGGCCAGUACCAGUACGCGGUGGACAACAGUGCCCAAUCGCCAAUGUCGCCUGUUUCGCAGAACCAGAACGGUUUCUUCAACAUUGACACUCCUCAGAAACAGCAACAGCCUGUCUUCCGUGCCGAGAUCUCGCCGCCACCUACCGAGCGCCCCACACCUACUGGUUCCCGUUCCAUCACUCCUCCCAAGAAGACGUCUUCACCUGCAUCGAGUCUUGCUCACGUUGAGCCCCUCCCUCCUCCGUCUGCCAACGCCUUCCGUCGUGGCCACAAGAAGGCAUCUUCUCUUGCCAUCAACGCCUUGACCGGAGGAACAUCUGAUGGCCCCAAGACGAGCAGCGUUGCUACUUUCGGCUCUGCCAGAACCGUUUUCCCACCAACCCCAAUGACAGGCACUUUUGGACCCGGUGCUGCCCGUGCUGGAGAACAUCCUGUUCGCCAACCUCGCGGCCCACCCCCACUUGAGGAGCUUAUUGCUUUGCCCACUAGCAAGCACGAAGGCAGCAAGAACUUCGCAACUCGUCAGCGCCGUCGUGCUCUGGAUAACCUUGUUCGUGCUGGCUCGUUCCGUCGUGCUGUCAGUGGAUCUCCUCGCAGCAGCCCCAUCAGCGAGCGUGAGCUCAAUUUCCAAUCAGAGGAGGACGAACCCUGCUUCCGCAAGCAGAGCCCUAUUGGCAGCGAGCGUAAUGCCAAGAGAAGCUCCAAGGAUAGCCUUGAAGGCCUCGGUGCAGGUGGCGCUGUCCAGACUCCAGUCAGCGAGAAGGGAGACGCAUUCGACAUGGGCUCUUUUGCCAAGCAGCUUCCCAGCCCUAUCCAGCAGGGUCUUGGCCGCAGAAACAUGAUGCUGGGUUCUGUCCUCAGCGCAGCUGAAAAGAGAAAGAGCAUGUUCUAG